ACUGUUCAGACGAAACAAGUGAGCAGGGUCACUCCACCAUCCUCCCCGGGUCCCCCCGCCACCCUGAGAGAGACCCCCGGCAGCCAUGGACAGCCUCCUGAUGAAGCAGAAGAAAUUUCUUUAUAACUUCAGGAACCUGCGCCGGGCCAAGGGCCGGCACGAGACCUAUCUGUGCUAUGUGGUGAAGCGCCGGGACAGUGCCACCUCCUGUUCUCUGGACUUUGGCUACCUGCGCAACAAGUCGGGCUGCCAUGUGGAGAUGCUCUUCCUGCGCUAUAUCUCUGCCUGGGACCUGGAUCCAGGGCGUUGCUACAGGGUCACUUGGUUUACCUCAUGGAGCCCCUGCUAUGACUGCGCCAGGCAUGUGGUUGACUUCCUGCGGGCCUACCCCAACCUGACACUACGCAUCUUUGUUGCACGCCUGUACUUCUGCGAGGGACGUAAUGCUGAGCCAGAGGGGCUGCGGCGUCUGCACCGUGCCGGGGCCCACAUUGCCAUCAUGACCUUCAAAGAUUACUUCUACUGCUGGAAUACCUUUGUGGAGAACCGGGAAAGGACAUUCAAGGCCUGGGAGGGGCUGCACGAGAACUCUGUCCAUCUCACCAGGAAGCUAAGACGGAUCCUCUUGCCCCUAUACGAAGUAGAUGACUUACGAGACGCCUUCAGGACCCUGGGACUCUGAAGUGGGCAGAAGCAGAAAUCACAAACAAGCUGAAGACUCUGAAAAUCCUGGUCCUACAGUUGCUCUCUCUUUCUGUCCCUCUCACUUUUUCUCCUCUUCUCUUCUUCAGCCUUGAGUCCUUGUGUCCUGAGAUAAGGCCACCUCUCUAAUGGCAGAUGGCCCCUAUCCAUUCCCUGGUCAGCACAUCCACCUGCUGAUUCCUGGGAAAGAUCAGGGUUGGUAGGAAAUCCCCACCACAACCUGCCCUGCCUCAAUCCUUCCGGGCUGUGGCUUCACUGCAGUUUCCCAGGGCCUGGCACCCAGAUCUGAGCACCCUGGCUGGGCACACAGGGGAUGAGCAGCCACAGUGCAAAGUGCCCCCCAGUUGAUGGAGGUCUCAUGGCUGCUGCGCCCACUGCCUGUGGCACUAUGCACUCUGUGAGUAUGUCUCAUGGCUUUUAGCACUGCACUAAACUGACAUACCCGGAGACACCUUCCCUGGGAAUUGUGAAUGUACUGAUUUAUCCCUGAGCGCAUUUUUACAACCCUCUCAGCAGCCAGAUAUUGGCCACCAUUGUCUGUCUGCCUUAUCCGUGGCAGAUUAGGGUGUUAUACCUUGUGGUGGUGCCAGGAUUGAGUAUUUAAUUUUACUAGUCAGUUGGACACUGGAUUUGUAUAGGGUGGUUUGGAUAGGGGUGAUCCUGCCUUUGGCAGGGCUUGCAUUUGAUGAUCUCUGAAGGUCCCAUCCAGCCCUACUUCUUCGUGAUUCUGCGAUCCUUCUGCAACUAGGUGGGGGGAUUGUGGGCAGACAUGGGAGGACUCUCAGCAUUCAGGUUGUUUAUCUGUGUCCUCACAGAAAAGUGCACAGUAAUCUUUUACCAGAGCAAGCUGUGAGCACCACUGAGCUUGACUUCAAGAGCUCUGUGAGUGGGCAGGCAGGGAGCAGGGGUAACAUAAGAGCAAGAGCUCAGUGUAACUCUGCGGUGAAGACAGAUACCCAUCUUGUGUCCCUACAGCACCUCCUGCUGGCAGACAGCAUCACUGCACUAUGUGGGAUGUGGCCAGGAAGCCAGCUGCCCUGCACUGCUUCCUAUUCUACCUCUUGGGCUGAAAGGUUGGGGCUACAGUAGCUGUGAGCUUCCCACUGCUGUCCCAGUCUCCUUGUAUGAGGAAAGUCAAGAUCUGAGGAGAAAAUUCUUGAAAGAGGAAGAAGUUUUCCAAGUAUGAGCAUUAAUUUGGGGUGGCCAACUAGAGACAACAGACAAAGGUGCUGAGCAUGCAACACUCCUCUUGACUCUACCUGGAGCUGCACGUGCUCAGCAGCGAAGCUGACCAGGGCCUGGUCUUCUUGACCUGGGUAGUGAAAAACAGUGACACUGCAUUAGCACAGUCUUUUUGAAAAGGUUGGCCUACAGUGUUCCCAUUUCCUCUGUGCUCCCUGAACUGGGGCCCCACGGUCUGAACCUCUUCACAAGCUGUCCAGUCUGAAAGGUAACACCCUGCACAUCAGUCCUUUCACUCCCUUGCUUUCCCAAAGCUGGGGGCCCUGCAGGAAGUGCUACUGCAGGGUCUGAGACUGGAUGCAGCUAGAAGCCUGCAGCCCUUCAAGUUGCACCUCCUGAUGGGAGAAGCCAGACCCGGAGAGCUCCCCUCCCACCCAGGUUCCAGCACCCAGCAGAGGUUGGGUGUGGAUCAAUCUCAACCUAGCCAGCACACCUGAAUGUUCCUGAUGGUAUCACCCCCUGGGUGACAUUGGGACAGGAAGAGCUGGGACGGUUCUCUGCAAAGCAUUAACUGGACUGCACAGUGCUGUAUAUUGGCUUGAUAUGAUGGAUGUUAUUUAUAGAUCAAUAAAGAUCCUGUGUCUUA